UCGCCCAUCGUCUUAUUUGUCUACACACUUAUUACUAACUUGGGGUUAACACUUUUCCAUCAUGAUUUCCUUUCCUUAAAAUUUAAAAUUUUGGAAUUUUGCCUUUCAAACUGUUGUUCACUUAAUUAAUAGGUUACUUAUUUCUUCCUUGCGGUUUCAAGUUCCUUACACCGUCUUCUAUGAAUGUUUCCUGAAUUAUUGUUUUUUAAAAGUUUUUUGUUGUGCUUGAUCCUAUCACACUCACAAACUUUACUUUCGUUGUGAAGGAUGUGCCGUUCUCAGGUACUCAAUCUCUCAGACGGGUUAUCUCUGUUUGUCCUGGUCGCAUCUAUACUUACAAAGAUGUUGUUUUCAAUGAACUCCGGUUUCCCUAUACUUCCUUUUCUCUUGCAGCCACCAUCUCUACUUCUCUCGCCAACCAAUAUUUUGAUCUUAAUCCUAAUUUUUCUCCCUCAUUCACCACUCCCCCUUGUCAUCCUUCUCUUGAGUCUUCGUCUCCCACACCUUCAUCUUAGUCUUCCCCUUCCAAUAGUUCUCCUUCCCUUCUUCCUUCUUCCGGUCUCCCCUUUAUUUUGUCCUAUCAAACAUUCAUCCUUUGCAAAUCCCCAUUGGUCCACUGAUAUGAAAUCUGAAUAUGAGGCUCUCCUUCAUAACACAUUGGAUUUGGUGCCUUUACGUCCUGGUCGAAAGAUUGUUGGUUGCAAAUGGGUUUUUCGCAUUAAACAGAACCCUGAUGGCAGUGUUGACGAUGUUUUGGUUCACAGAAGUGGGGUGAAUGGUGAGCACUACUAUGCUUACAUUAGGCCAACGCUAUCAAACCAGUGGUUUAAGUUUGAUGACGAACGAGUAACAAAAGAGGAUGAAAAUAGGGCUUUAGAAGAACAGAAUUUUGAAUGCCUUCUUUGUUGGACGCUUGUCUUUUAGUUACCUCAUACUAAAUCCUGGGUUCAACAACUCUUCCUUUAAAUUUACAAAAUACUCAAAUGCAUACAAAUAUAUGCUUGUCUUGUACGGGAAAGUGACAAGGAUAAAAUAAUUUGUGAUGUGGAUGAGCAUGACAUUGCUGAACACAGGAGUAAGAUGUUUG